AUGGCUCAUGUUGCUCUCCUCUUUUUCACAUUACUUUCAUUCUUCUCUUCCACCACCCUUUUUAGCCAAGCUUCUGCUUCACCACUUGUUUUACCAAUACACCAAGAUGCUGCUACUAAACUUUUAGUAGCCAACAUUUACGGACGAACCCCCCUUAUCCCCGUGGGCUUCCUCAUUGACCUAAACACCCGCCAUGUUUGGGCUAAUUGCGAAACCAACUACAACUCAUCAACCUUUAGCCAGCCCAAGUGUGAUUCAGUCCAAUGUAAAAUAGCCGAUACUCGCUAUUGCUUUACUAGUUGCCAAGGUGCUAGACCAUUUUGUCAUACUAAUACAUGUGGUUAUUCAUUAGAGAAUCCGGUGACCCACCAAAGCACCGUCGGUGAGCUAGCUCAGGAUGUCAUCGCUUUAAGUUCAACCAAUGGUUACAAUCCCGGACCAUUGGUCCGUAUACCAGACUACCUCUUCACCUGCGCGCCAUCCGACCUCGUUGAAUCGCGGUUACCCAAAGGUGUACAAGGGGUAGCUGGCCUGGCCCAUGCUCCCAUUGCAUUACAAAAUGUGCUUGCCUCUAGACUUGGGUUUAAGCCCAUUUUCACUAUGUGCAUCCCAUCUACCUCCACUGCUGACGGGGUCAUUUUCUUCGGGUCAGAUGGGCCUUACAGUUUCCUACCAGGAAUCGACAUAUCAAAGAGUCUCCAAUACACGCCGUUGACCAUAAGCCCAUUUGAUGAAUACUACAUCAACGUCAAGUCCAUUAAAAUCAACCAAAAGCCUAUCCCUGGCCUAAACACUACUCUGCUAUCAGUAAAGGAUACGGGUUCCGGUGGCGGAACCACAUUCAACACUUUGUUGCCUUACACCGUUAUAGAAGGAUCCACAUACAAGGCCAUUACUUCAUUUUUCUCUAAGCAACUCUCUAACGUGCCAAAAGCGAAGGCUGUAGCACCCUUUGGGCUUUGCUACGAGUCAAAACAUUUCAAAUCGACUCUAUUGGGCCCGAGUGUUCCCAGCAUCGAUCUCGAGCUGGAGGGCCAGGGUGCAGUUUGGUCCAUUUUUGGGCUGAACUCCAUGGUGGAGGCCAAACCCGGAGUGUUAUGCCUGGCUUUUGUAAAUGGUAAAAAUGAAUACAGAGCUAAUAUCAACAUCGGGAUAUACCAAAUGCAGGAUAUUCCACUCAAAUUCGAUCUAGGCAACUCAGUGUUGGGCUUCGGUGGCCCACUUAGCGGACUCCGGACUCAUUGCUCAAACUUCAAAUUCACAACUACUCUGUAA